UUGUAAGCGAUGUCUGACGCUGCAUUUUAUGCACAUUUUUAGUCAUUUGUGAAUAAAUAUUAUACACUUGAAGUCCAUUGAGUGGUAUAACUUUACAAAAAGUAAAUAGAUUUGAACAGGGAAAAGAAAUAAUAUGCCUCAAUACUCGAUUAAAGUUAAAUGGGGAAAGGAACUCUUUCCGGGCGUAGAAGUUAAUACAGACGAAGGACCAAUGUUGUUUAAGGCACAACUUUUUGCAUUGACAGGAGUACAGCCUGAAAGGCAAAAAGUUAUGUUAAAAGGGAUGACAUUAAAGGACGAUGAUUGGGGUAACGUCAAGUUAAAAGAUGGAAUUACUGUAUUAAUGAUGGGCUCCAAAGAAGAAGAUGUGCCGGUAGAGCCUACAGAAAAACCAUUAUUCUUAGAAGAUAUGAACGAAUCUGAAUUAGCUACAGCCUUAGACUUACCUGCUGGUUUAACAAAUUUAGGAAAUACGUGUUAUCUUAAUGCAACUGUACAGUGCUUGAAGACUGUGCCCGAGCUGCGAGAUGCUUUAAAGGGUUUUUCAGGUGGGCUUGCAGCUGCUGGUAGUUCAUCGCUUGUACCCGCGCAAAGUAUAACAGCUGCUCUAAGGGAUCUUUAUGAUAGUAUGGAUAAGGGAUCGUCUUUGCCACCCGUUGUACUCGUACAAAUGAUGCAUUUGGCAUUUCCAAGAUUUGCAGAAAAAUCUGAACACAGUGGAUUUCAACAACAGGAUGCUAACGAAUGUUGGACAGAGCUUGUUAGAAUGUUACAACAGAAAUUACCUGCAAAGGAUAAUCCUGCAACUUCGAACGACGAUGGAAAGAGUUAUAAGCCUCGUUCAUUGAUCGAGCAGUAUUUUGGAGGAACGUUUGAUACGGAAUUAAAAUGCGUAGAAUCUGAAGAUGAACCACCUACUAAAGGAAAAGAAGAAUUUUUACAAUUAAGUUGUUUUAUUUCGACAGAAGUUAAAUACAUGCAUUCUGGACUCAGAAAUAAGAUGCAAGAACAAAUUACAAAAAUGUCAUCGACUUUAAACAGAGAUGCAGUGUAUACAAAAACGUCAAAAAUUAGUAGAUUACCGGCGUACUUAACCAUCCAAUUUGUACGGUUUUACUACAAAGAGAAAGAAGCAAUUAACGCAAAAAUUCUAAAAGAUGUGAAAUUUCCUUUUGAAUUUGAUGUUUUUGAAUUGUGCAGUAGUGAACUUCAAAAUAAACUCACUCCUAUGCGUGAGAAAUUUAAAAAAUACGAAGAUAGUUUAGUAGAAGAAUCGCGUAAUGUUAAAGAUAAUAACAAAGAUAAAGAAAGUAAUAAGAAAAUGAAGCAACAUCCUUUUUGGUUUCCAGAUGAUUUAGGGUCAAACAACAGUGGUUAUUACACAUUACAAGCAGUUUUAACGCAUAGAGGACGGUCAAGUAGUAGUGGUCAUUAUGUAGCUUGGGUUCGUCAAAAAAGUGAUGUUUGGUUAAAGUGUGACGAUGAAACUGUUAGCUCUGUAACUAGCGAAGAAGUAUUGAGACUCAGUGGUGGUGGUGAUUGGCAUUGCGCAUAUGUUCUUCUUUAUGGUCCAAAAGUUUUAGAAACACCUGAUACGGAUACAGACGAGGAUUCAAGUACCAAAUAAUUCAUGCGCAACAAGAAAAUUCCCUUGUCGACUAAACGAUUCUAAUAAAACUUCCACCUUGCGUCUGUUAGGAAAUGCAUUUCUUUUUAUACAAAUUAAUAUCUUAAUAUAAUUUCACUUCUAUGGUACUGCAAACUACUAUUUGCAAUAGCAAUUGUAACAUUUUCAAAUAAAUUACAAAUGUUAAAUAAUGAUGCAAUUGCAUUCAUGUUCUUUCUGUGAUGGUAAUAUACGAAAAAUUAUUCAUCGAUUCUAUACGUUUAGAUGAAAAAAUGGUGAUAAUAAGUUGAAAAU